AUGAAAACUUUCAUAGGGUUUACAUUAUUGUAUUUGAUAUUGGCUAAGUAUAUUAUACACACUACAUUAUAGUUAAGGAAUUUAAUCAAUUUAAUAAGAUAAAUUACAUCCGAUCUCAAAAAUUAUACUUGGAUUAUCAGAAGUACAAACAAAAGAUUUCAAUUUCCAAUAAUUGUUUGUUGCUCUUGAUGAAUUAGCAGAUUCUUUCUAAACAAGAAUAAAUGAUGAGAAUGCUUCCUAUGAACAAGAUUAACAAUCAUAUUUUUCUGAUGUCUAAUUCUAUGAAAAUUAAAUUAAUGAUUUCAAGAACAAAGUUUAUUUAGAUCAUUAUCUAAUAGAUUGCAUAAUUAGAAAUUGAAAUCAAAGAUUUAAAUGAUGAAGGAUUAAGUUUAUAAGCAUUUUUAACAGAAGCCAAUUAAGAUCUAAAUGAUGCAAUUAAAUUAUUGGCCUAAAAAGAAUAACAAGUCAAUUCAGAUAAUUAAGUUUUUGAAUAACAAAAUUAAGAAUAUGCUGAUACAAUCAAUGUUCUUGAUUAAGCAAUUACUUUACUUAAUGAAAUCAAAGAUGAAACUUCAUUAAUCUAAAAAAAGGAACACAUCAAAGAAGUUUCUUAAAAUAUGCACAAGAGGUAUGAAAGUUAUAUAUUUCAAUUAUUAGUAUGAAAAAAUUAUCAUCAAAAAGAGUGUUUUAUUAACCUUUAGUAAAUGUCUUAACAUAAUUAUCAUAAAACAAUUAUGUAGAUUAAGAGAAUCUUAAUAAAGUUAUUAACUUUAUGAGUUAACUUAGAUAAAAUCUUAUAGAUGCAUAAACAUCAUUGUAAAAUCAACAUGAAUCAUAAUCUAAAUUAUAAUAAGAUAUUUUAUCUGAAACCUAAGCAAAAGUUAGUGGAAUUUAAGAUUUUUUAAUUCCAUUAUUAGAAACUGAGAUUUCCAUCAAAUAAAAUGAAGUUAGAGCAUUAAAUUAAAUAUUAUAAGAUGCUUAAAGUAAUUUAGCUGAUGCUUAAGAAAAUCUUGUUGCUACUUAAAAUAGAUGGAUUGAUAGGUAUUAAAUUAUAAUUAUAUUAGAACUUCUACACAUAACAAUUUAUUGUAACAAUAUAAUAAUGAGUUACUAGCUGUUAAAGAUGCAGAAAAUGCACUAAAAAAAGGUGGUAUUUUUAGAUAAUGA